UUGUUUGUUUACAUGUAAUUCAGCCAUAUUGCACUAUAUCCCAUUCUUAUCUGACGUGUAAAAACAGCUAUUCUAAAGCGAUAUUAGAGGAUAUAUAAUGGAAUAACAUAGUCAACACACAGGAUGUCUAAAUUUCUGGAUGACGAUCCUACACUUUCAUUGAAACUAUCGGAAGUCAUGGGUAACAUAGGAAUACGAAAAGAGAUAGUUCUUAAAAGAAGAAGAACAUAUAUGUUGAUGGAAACUCUAGAUACAAUUACUCGUCGUAUACAAGGCAAGAAUAUAACCACUUACAACUUAGGAAGUCAAUCAGAAGGAUCAACAACAGUAGACCUUGACUCCGAUAUUGAUACUCUUUUCGGAUAUCAUUAUUUGAACAUUAUUCUAGACUGUAAAGAAGCAAAGCCCAGAGCAGAAAAUGUUCUAUUGGUUCAGGAUGAAACCACCGCUCCUGGUCAUUGUUAUUUACAAUGUGAAAAACCGAAAGUAAAUUUUGUAUGCUUAAUAGAUAAAAAAUACUUUCAUCCAUAUGGCAAAAAUAAAUGGCUUUUGAAAAACACAUGUUUUGAUGAAGAGGUUAAAUUUAAAUACAAUCGAAAGAAAGGUCCAGCCCAUUCUUUUCAAGGAAAGGUUGCUUACAAUGACGAAGAUAACGUCAUAGCAUGGCAUUGCAAAUAUUGGCCGAGAGAAGCUCGACGAUGGACGAAGGAUAAAGGUAAAGGUGAUUGGCCAACAGAGGAUAUAAGAAGAGAGUGUGAGGCAACUGGGUGUAUCAUUGUACCAGUGAGCAGCAAAAACAGUCAGUACAAGGACCUAGAAUGGAGAAUAUCAACUUGUCUGGCUGAGAGAUGUCUAAUGUUCAGUUUAAAUGUCACACAAAUGAGAUGUUAUGUUUUGAUGAAAAUGAUAUUCAAAACAGUCACAGAACAUACUUGUUCGAUGGUUAAACUUUCCAGUUACGUGUUAAAAACUGUUCUAUUCUAUUGUAUUGAAAAUACUAAAUCCUGUGAGUGGACAGAAAACAAAUUGUUUGAUUGUUUGCAAAGAUGCCUUUUAUAUUUAGAAACUUGCAUCAGAAAACAAAAUUGUUCACACUUUUUUAUUCCUGGACAUAAUCUUAUAAGAGGGAAGGACCCUACUUUUUAUAAAGGUGCUCUUAUGAUGUUACAAUAUUUCACAAACAGUAAUGGACAAUUUCUUCUCGAAAUCUCGCUUGAUCAGCUAAAUAAGAGGCUUAAUGAAAAGAUGAGUAUGGAUCUAAAUUCUAAAAUGAUUUCUCCUGGUAUUCAACAAACGGAAACUGUGUCCAAGAUCAUUUCAGGAUCGCUCAUAAGUCAUAUUGCAGUCCAGCUAAAUAUUUGCCACUUACUUCAUUUACAAUUAGUCCAUAAUUCUGUACAGGUUGCACAAAAUCAGUUGACAAAAUUGAAUAAAAUCGCAAUCAACAGUUCGGAAAAAUCUUUGCAUAGAUCAGUGUACAAACUUAUCGCGCCAUUAAUGUAUUCAUCGUUAGCAUCUGCUAUUGCAUCAAACGAAAUUGAACGCAUGGAAUAUAUAUCUUCAUUUACAUCAAUCUUAUUUGUGAUCGGUUCGUCUUCAGACGUGUCGUCGGGAAAAUUGAAGUUUGCUUCGGCUUUAUACUGCUCGGGAGAUAUGUAUAAUGCACGGUGUUUACUCGAACACAUUGAACAGAAAUAUCAUAAAAACUUUAAAAAUAUAAAAACCGUGUGUUCCUGUUCUGAGAAGGAUGAAAUAAAGUUUGAAAUGACAGGCUUUAGAGCAAAAUGUUUGACAGGGAAUGAAGAACUGAUCAAAGAUAUAACAUCAUUCUGUGUAAAGUUCUUGCCUAGCGAAAAAAAUUGUAUUCCGAAUGAAUUAAGGUAUGAAAUAUAUAGAUCCACAGCUAAUGAUAAACUGUAUAGGAAAGGAACAGAUACAUUGUGGAUGGAUUUGGCGAUAGUAGACUCUCUUCCUUUUAUGUACUUCUUACAGUACAAAACGUAUGGGCGACUAAAAAUGGCUGAAAAACAAAAAACCGCACUUUCAAAUUUUGCGACGGCUAUUACUAAAGAAUUAUACUUAGGGCACGAGGAGACUGCAUAUAAUUUGAUUGGCCAGUGCUGUGAACAAGAAAAUAAGCCCGACACUGCUUUGGACAUAUAUAUUGAAUCUUUGAAGAUACGCAAAAAAAACAAUGCUGCAAAUGUGCUCAUUUGUAGACUUAUUUCUGCAUUAGUUAAUAAAAGUUUUCAUUCUUAACAGUCGCGUAAAAGAUUAAAGUAACAAAUGAAUCUUUUCGAAUUCAGAUUUAACAAAGGUUCAGAUAAAUUACACUGUUCCAGUUACUCAACAUUUUUCAGCUGAUUAUUUUUUUAUUUUAAAAAGUAAACUGGAUGUUUAAGACUUUAUUAAAAUAAGAUAGUUUUCUUCUUUCAAAGUGACAAAGCCUUAUAUCUGGAGCCUGUAGUUAAAAUGCAUUGUAUAAAUUUUUAAGCACAAUACAUCCAAAAACAAAUCUCUAUGAAAACAAAAAUUUGUCCUAGAAAACGAAUAUGUCGCAUUCGCGGUCUCAUUGCUAAAUGGUGCAAAAAUCUGCAUUCACUGCUACUUAAAAUAACAAAUAUCAUUUUGUGUCGUAUCAUUUUAUUCUAUUUACCUACAAUUUAAUUUGCCUAUUGUACAAAAUGUUGAAAUAUCUUAAUAAAGAGAUAAACUAUUUUCUUGUAGCAAUAUUUAUACAAAGAUUUCGAUAUUCAUUUACAAAUUGGAAAAUUAUUUACAUUUAAGGCACACAUUAUUCCUCAGAAGCGAUAAUUUACUGAUUUAUUUAGGGUACACUUGAAUUUAAUAUCGUUUGAAUUAUAGUUUACGAGUAUGUUAAAUGUUUGUUACCUAAAGAA